AUGGUACUCUUUGGAUGCUUGCGUUCCGCUAAGUCACCCGGCGACCAGGCUUCUCUCGAAAAGCGGAAGCGCGUGCAGCUGCUUAGGGUUAUGGUCGCCAAUCUGGACGACCUCCGACAGCGUCUGGAGGACGACUGGAACAACUUCGCAAAUGAGCUCCGUCAUCGCAUCCUGCCAGUCAUGCGUGCACAGAAUGACGGCAUUGAUGACGUCAGCGUGCUGCACAGCCUGGCUGACGGCAUCAAGGAGCAAAUGCUGACGUGGCCUGGGAAGAACGGGAGGUUUCUGAAGCAGAUGGCCGCACAUGCUGCUAGGAUUGCAACCGAGCUGAUGCUGCCGAAGGGCUGGAAAGAGAAGCAAGAGCUGUUGAAUCUUUUGCAGCUGAUGUAUGUAAAGUUGGAGAAAGAUAGGGAGGAGCCAAGUGAAGAUUUGCAGACGAUGCAGUCCGGGACCAGUAAUGGCGACUCCUCCAACGGGCGGGGCUACAUGGAGGUCGCCCUCUUCUUCUGCUCCGUCCGCGCGCCCUCCGGCCGCCGCACGCCCGGCGACUUCUUCGGGAAAGCGCGCGCGCACGCGCCCUCCACGGGCUUCGUCCGCGUCUCCCUCCCCGACUUCGACGACGUCGCAUCAAACGGCCCGGACCUGCCCUUCUUGUGGCGCUCGUAUCGAAAGCGGCCAACCGGGAACACGAGCAAGAGCAUCGAGAUCGAGAGCUGCCUCGUGAUGGACGUGGCGCACCUGGUCGGGCGGAACGGCGACCCCCGGGAGGCAAUCGUUUACGUGCAUGGUUUUAACUGCCGCUUCGCAACGGCGGCCAAGUACAUGGCGCUGUACGCAUACAAACUGCGGCGGGACGUUCCCAUCUUUAUCUUCAGCUGGCCCUCGUUCAAGUCGGUCGACCUGUACGAAGGGGACCAAGCCAACGCCACGUGGUCCGUGCGUCACUUCGCCAGCUUCCUCGAGCGCAUGAUGACGUCAUACCGGCUGGACAAAGUGCACGUGUUCGCGCACAGCAUGGGCAGUCAGGUGGCAAUCAACGGCCUCCUGCGACUGACCGGUUGGAGGGCCCCGAGGGGCGCCGCGCGGCUGGGGCAGCUGGUGCUGGCCGCCCCGGACUUUGACACAGGGGAGUUCUUCGAAGCGCAAGCUGACUUGGAGAACCUGGUCGAUCGAGUAUCCGUCUACUGCUCGGCCAACGACAAAGCGCUGCGCAUGUCGGAGCGCUUGCACGGGGAGCUUCCCCGACUGGGCCAUUUCCGGAUUGGCUCCCUUCUUUCUGAGAGCCGCCACGUGGCGCUCUCUGACAAGGUCGACGUCAUCGACGCCAGCGGCUUCGACAAGAGCGUGGUCGGGCACGCCUACGCGUUCACCAGCACUGACGUCAUCGAGGACGUUCUGAGGGUUUUGAGGGACGGGGUUACGGCGACGGCGCGGCCGGCCCUGCGCGCGGCGCGCACGGACAAACGCUUUUAUUUCUGGCGGUUGGUGGGGUCCGGGAAGAAAGAGCCCAAGAAGGGGGAGGAAGAAAUCGUGGAGUCGCAGCUUGGUGAAGGGAUGGAUGCGGAGGGGGAUCCCGUAUAG